ACCGAUGCAGACUUUUAUUUGGCACGUCAUUUUUUGGCGCCGGAAAAAGUAUAGUAAACAGUAUAGGAGGGCGGGGCGGGGUUUCCAUCGCUUUUUUGAGCCUCAUCACAAUCACCGUUGUUUGAAGAAUUCCAACAAUACUUGCAAAGAGCAAUUGUAAAGAGCGGAACUGCAUUACAUCGAAAACACCAGCACCGAGGUGUCAUUUUCAGAGCAUUGCUUCCGUUAGGAGAGUAGGAAGCCGACCGCAGAGAGUUACAAAGUUUGAUUGACUGGUCGUCCAUCCAGUGAGCAUGGAGGCAGGAGAAGACCAGACCAACUCCAGCUCAACCAAUAGCAGCGCAGCUUCAGGGGGAAACUCCCGCCCUCCUCAGAUAGCUCAAAUGUCUCUCUAUGAAAGGCAAGCUGUUCAGGCACUGCAGGCCUUACAGAGGCAGCCCAAUGCAGCUCAGUAUUUCCAGCAGCUGAUGCUGCAGCAGCAGAUCAACAGCGCAACCUGUCAACUCCACAACCUGGCUGCUGUGCAACAGGCAACUCUCGCAGCCAGUCGUCAGUCCAGCUCUCCCAAUAACAGCGCCUCUCAGCCUACAAGCUCAGCGCAAUGCACAGUCAACUUAAGCACCACCUCAGCUGGAGGAACCAUGACAAACCCCCGUCCGAUAGGGCCUGCCACCUCCGCAGCAUCAACAGCCCUUAGCCAGUCAGUUUUGUUGGGUGGAAAUUCAGGCGGACAGGGUCAGAUGUACCUGAGAGUAAACCGCUCUCUUAGGGCACCUCUCACCCCUCAGCUCAUCUUUAUGCCUGGUGGUACAGCGACAGCAACUGUAGCAACGGUUGCCCAAACGCAGCCACAGCAGCAGCCACAGCAGCAGCCACAACAACAGCAGCAACAGGAAGCAACUCCCACAUCUUCAAGUAGCCAAUCAGACAAUGAUCAGGUGCAGAACUUGGCAAUGCGUUGUGUGUCCACUCCUAGGGCGGCUACUGUGAAGACAGAGUUUGCAGACAGGAAGGAAACGACUGGUACAUUCCCACUUAACCAGCAGACUCAGACUCCACAACAGUUUGGUCAAUCAACCCAGCAGGUCCAACCACAAACUCAACCCCUUGCCAACGCCAAACUCCAGAGCUUCUCCAACACCGCCAAUCCCAGCGUGCCUGCCCUCAACGUAAAGCCCACUAACCAAUCCGCUGUUGCCCCACAGCAAGCAGGAGCUUCCUCCAACCCCCCGUCCUCCUCGCCCACUCCCUCACUCCCUCUCUCCCAGCUUCUCCUUUCUCAAUCUGGCUUGCACCAAACUCGAGGUGUACCAGGUUCUACAGCCACCGUUACCCACAUCCUGGUACCCACUUCUAACGUCCCCACAUCUACUCAAGGUUAUCCACUGGGAACGGUGGCGACCAAAUCCAACAUGACUGCCCAGACAUUGGUGGUGCAGCCACUCCAGCAAACGGGGGCAAAUCUGAGCACGGAGAAGCUAGCUCAUGGUACAGGGCAUGUGCCAAUUCAGCCUAAAACGGCUCAGGGCCAUCGGGUGCCAGUACAGAUGUCCCCUCGCCACCCACCUCCCAUUCUCCCAGCACCACCCAACAACGGCCAGGCCACCGCAGGUCUUCACCCUCCCCACGUCCCAGUUCAGCUGGUCGGAGCAAGGCAGAGCACUCUGGGAAACUCACAAGCGUUAGCAUUGGCCCAGGCUCGAACUUGUUGCUCCCAGCAGGACGGAACAGCUGCCGUGGGAGUCAAUAACCCGGGCAAUGUUGUUACCAUGGUUACUGCUAUGGAUACAAGUGGAGCUGGCAUGUGCCUUAAAACAGCCCAAAGUGCCCUCCCUAUCUCUCAGAUGCAGACCAAUCAGAGUGCAGUAUUGAGUCAGGGUAAUCCCGCUUCAGUCACACACUCCAUGGAUGGACAGAAUAACUCUGGAGACUCUUUGUUUGUUCAGUCUGCACAAGCGCAGAUAAAGCCUGCUAUUGGUCCAAUAAAAAGGAAGUCAGAGUCAGAUUUGACCCAUGAGAUUUCGAAUGAGCCAAUCAGUGGAAGUCCCUCAAUGCAAGACUCCGCCCCUCCUCUCUCGCCUGCUCCUUCACUGGAUACAGUCCCAGAGAUAGCAUUCUCCUCUCCUCCUACAUUGUCCCUCUCUCUGCCUCUUCCUCUCCCUCGUGGAGCAGGACAGGGCGAUCGAGCACCUGUUCCACAGGCUGUGGUCAAACCUCAGGUUCUCACUCACCUCAUCGAGGGCUUUGUCAUCCAGGAGGGAGCUGAACCUUUCCCUGUGACCGGGCCACUGAAAGAACUUUCUGGUGCUGUUCCACCAAUCCUACAUCCAGAGGACAUCCGCUCUGAUAAGUUAAAGUGUGAAUACUGUCUUAAUUUUGCACCAGCCAGCCAGUUCAGAAGAUCCAAGCGCUUUUGCACCAUUAGCUGCUCAAAGAGGUACAAUGUGAGCUUUAGAAACCACUUACGGGCCAGUAGAGGUCUUGAGGGUGCAGAACGGCCAGCAGGGGGCCCCGUGGUCCAGGAUGUUAUUGCCAGACGCCGGGCUCCUCGCAGAAGCAGCUCUGAGAUCGCUUGUGCUAAAAUAACAGGAAGGCAUCUUCCUGUAAAGUGUCGUUCAGAAUCCAGUCGUUCUGAUGAUAUCUCCAGCUGUGAGGGCGAGGAAGAGGAAGACUUCUUGUCGCUUUCCCCCAGCUCCACCUUUUCAUGCCCGAGACCGACCCACUGUGGCCCUCAGCUGGAUGACACAGCACCCGGCGGACUCCCAGUGGACGAAAACCACUUCCUAUCUGGCAACCCUGCUGACUGGAGUGUGCAGGAAGUGUGUCAGUUCAUUUCAUCUCUUCAAGGUUGUGAGGACCUGGCAUCCCAGUUCCUGUCCCAGGAGAUCGAUGGGCAGGCGCUGAUGCUGCUCAAGGAAGAGCAUCUCAUGUCCACCAUGAACAUCAAACUCGGACCUGCCCUCAAAAUCUGCGCUUCUAUCAACAGCCUAAGGGAUUAAACGGAGAGCAGAGCUUCAUAUUUCCAUCACCAGCCUGAGAAACUGAAACCUUUGGUUAUGGAUCCAAAGAUUGACCUAGAGAUUAAUCAAAAUCCACAAGGAAGAAUGACAUCCGAUGCCUUAUUAAAAGCAGAUAGUUCAGUAUUUUUGUUUUGAUGUGAAAGCCUGGAGUAAUCGUUUUAUUUUUUUUACCAUUUGCUAGAUCGAAGUUGACCGGUUCUCUCGUAAAUCUGUCCUGUUUGCUAACAGUUCAUGAGAAAAUAACAAAACAAAAAAAAAAACAGCAUAAAGAUGAUUAUGUGUACUCCUUAAAUGACAGAAUCAACAGAAUACGUCUCGAUCUUGAAUUUUGAAUGUGUUACAUGUAUAAUAUCCGGGAGGUGCUUGAAUGAGCAUAUGCAUCUUGCGUCAGUUGACUAAAUUUGUAGUCUUUAUCUCUGUAUGUUUGUGUCCUGUUGUCUUAUACAAUAAUAAUCAAAGUAUGACUCGAUAAUGACAUUAUAGACAGUAAUCAAUGUUAUUCCUGUAGUGCUUUUGACUAUCAAAGUCAACGAAAAAAAUGUGAAUAAGUUGCCUUUUUAAUAAUAACGAUGUUGCCUGAAACGGUUCUUUCUCCAGGGCUUCCCCAAGCUUCAUUUCACCACCUUUGUUGAACAGAAAAUGGUUAUUUUUUGUUUGUCAGCACUUGACUAACGGGUUAUUGGUUGUCUUCAGUGUGCCAUUUAGGACUUUAACACAAUUAGAUUCCCAUACACUAAAAUAACCAGUCUGAGUAGUGCGUCUGCACCCACAUAAAUCACAAUUUCAGCCGUUAGUGAUCUACUACAGCUUGCUCUUUGUUUCACAGCUUUUAUUGGUUCAGAGACUGUGAGAGAUGGCAAAUGUGUAGUUUCCUUACUAUACAGUAUUACUGAAUGGAAGUAGUUUAUUUUCUCUUAAUCGCAGACCGAAGGAGUGAUUGGAUAACUGAUCCAAGAACAACAAAUUGCUUUUUUUUUCUACAGUAGAUGAUUGUAGCACACAUUUAAUUUGCAUUAAAGAAGUAGUGUCGUUCUUCUUGGGUACACUUUACCAGCUUCAUAGAAGAGUAUUAGUAGCUUUACCUGAGAGCCUUACAGCAGCGGAGAGCAGGUAUGAUGAGGUGUGUGAAUGUGAAUGAGAGAAGGUGCCAAUGAGAAAGCCGUGCUUGUGCUCUAAACAUAUGGUUCCUUUGUGUGCAUAAGUAUGAAUAAAGGUGCUGUGAUAUUCAU